CUGGCUAUGAGCCCCACCGCCCACCCUUGCCGACUGUCAGAAGUAACUGUCUCCAACUUCCAGCAACCCGAAGAAGGGCGAAGUCGUACCCUUUAUCCGCCAUGGCCGCCGUUGUACCGCCCCCAGCCGCCCAAUCUUCCACCUUCCACUUUAAAACCAAAAUUUCCCUUUCAGGUUUACAGACGCCCAAAACCCUGGCAUUUCCUAAUUACAGACCAUCCGUUGCUGGAUUUGGGAUCAAGAGGAGCUUUACUACUGUGGCUUUUUCGCAGCAUUCUUCCGUGCUAUCAGUUGGAGCUUCCUCAGAAAGGGCUAAGCAAGAAAAAAGUUCAAUCAUCGUUAUCGACAAUUAUGAUAGCUUCACUUACAACUUAUGCCAAUAUAUGGGAGAGCUGGGAUGCAGCUUCGAGGUUUAUAGGAAUGACGAUCUCACGGUGGAUGAACUGAAGAAGAAAAAUCCAAGGGGAAUUGUCAUUUCACCAGGCCCAGGAGCUCCGAAAGAUUCAGGAAUAUCAUUACAAACUGUACUGGAAUUGGGACCUAUUGUUCCAUUAUUUGGUGUCUGCAUGGGGCUGCAAUGCAUAGGAGAGGCUUUUGGAGGAAAAGUAGUGCGUUCUCCGUAUGGUGUGAUGCAUGGGAAAAGUUCUCCUGUGUAUUACAAUGAGGGUGGAGAAGAUGGCUUGUUUACAGGGCUGCCAAACCCAUUCACUGCAGGUAGAUAUCAUAGCCUUGUGAUUGAUAAGGAUAGUUUCCCUAAAGAUGAACUUGAGAUAACAGCAUGGACAGAGGAUGGACUGGUAAUGGCUGCUCGUCACAAAGUGUAUCGUUACCUGCAGGGGGUGCAAUUUCAUCCUGAAAGCAUCAUAACCAAUGAAGGGAAAACCAUAGUUCAGAAUUUUAUCAGAUUAGUUGAGAAGAAGGAAGCUGAAUCUCAGCAGUAGAAUUGAGCCGCUCUCUCUGAAUUUUUAAAUGUCAAGUUUUGUUACAUUAUGGUUUUUGGCGAGUAAUAGGAUACCUCUAAAAAAUAGAGUAACGUAACUAUGAUGCAUAUGAUUGGUCCAAGCCAUCAUUUAUUAUAUUUAAAUUGUUCAAUUUCAAUAUCCUAAUUAGUCUAUGUCUUGAUUUAAUUUAAUUUUGCACAAACAUUUGUCAAUUUUUUGCUUUUAUCUCUGCCUCUCUGGCACGUACUUGUUUUCGUUCAACCACAAUUUAUGUGAUGCGAAUAUGCGAUGUGACUAAGUGAUACUAUUGGUUAUCGCACGUCUAUCGCAACACCUCUUUUAUCUUGAUUUGAGACAAACAUGAUACUAAAAUGAUCUCAUGGCAGAGAUAUUCAAUUGGGAUUUAUAAUAGCUAAUAAUAGUAAUGAUAAUAAGAAAUAAUAAUACUCCUGUUCUUUAAUAACCGUCUCUUAUUCUAUUUUCAUUUAUUUUUUAUUAAACGUCCUUUCUAUUUUAUGAAUGAUUUUGAUAAAAUACCUCCACUUUUAUUACUUUUACUUUUUAUAAAUUACUUUCUUUUUCCUACUUUAUUAUCACUUUACUCUUCUUAAUAUACCCUCUUUCGUACUUCAUCACUAUUUUACUCUUUUUUAAUAUACUCUCUGUCAGGUUACAAAAAAAAUAUACUCUCUUUCCUACUUUAUCAAAAUCUUACACACUCUAUGCUUACCCUAUUAUUUUUCUCUUAAAACUUGUGUCCAAGCCUAAAAGGACAUUUAGUUAAGGACAGAAGGAGUAAUAAUAAUAAUAAUAACAACAACAAUAAUAAUAAUAAGCACGAAGUUUUUUUUCGAGAAUCCUGAAUUUUUCAAUGUGAUUUAUUUGGCGUCACAACUCUCGCAAGUCGCA